CCCCUCCCAUCCACACCAAGCCCUUUGGGUCUGGUAUGUAUCUUAAGGGGCAAAAUUAAAUACAAAACAGCUUGGGGUUCCCCCCUAAAUCCAUACCAGACCCUUAUCCGAGCAUGCAGAUGCAUGGGGGGGUGCUUUGGGGCAGGGGGGCUCCCCCCCAAAGCACCUUGUCCCCAUGUUGAUGGGGACAAGGGCCUCUUCCUCACAACCCUGGUAGGUGGUUGUGGGGGUCUGCGGGUGGGGGGCUUAUCAGAAUCUGGAAGUCCCCUUUAAUAAGGGGGCCCCCAGAUCCCGCUCCCCCCCUUCGUG